AUGACCGUCGACAUGGAAAAGUGCAAGCGCAUAGUACAGUACUUCUGGGACCCAGAACCCAGAAACGAGGACCCAAAAACUGUGAUCUGGUGCCUGGGUCGAGAGUAUGCGCCUACCGCGGACGUCAACGUUGCGAAUGAUACAGGAAACGACACAUGGCCCAAGGCAUUUAUCUCGGACUUUGGGUCUCGAGUCUGGGUUACCUACCGAUCUAACUUCACCCUGAUCCCACGAACCAAAACUCCGGAAGCAACAUCCUCAAUGACGCUGGGUGUACGCCUAAGGAGUCAGCUGAUGGAUUCCCAGGGCUUCACCUCGGAUACCGGGUGGGGCUGCAUGAUCAGAUCGGGACAAGCCCUCCUGGCAAAUACAUUGUCCAUCCUUCUGCUAGGACGAGAUUGGCGGCGCGGGGAAAAAGCAGAGGAGGAAUCGAAACUGCUAUCACUAUUUGCUGAUCAUCCAGAUGCCCCAUUCUCGAUCCAUCGAUUCGUUAAUCGUGGGGCAGAUUCAUGUGGCAAGUACCCCGGCGAAUGGUUUGGACCAUCCGCAACGGCCAAGUGUAUCCAGCUGCUCUCAACACAAGAUGGGUCUGCUCACCUGCGGGUCUACGUGACGAAUGACUCAGAUGUCUACGAGGACAGGUUCACUCAAGUGGCCCGCGAUCGAUCAGGUCGAAUCCAACCAACACUGAUCCUGAUUGGAACUAGAUUGGGUAUUGAUCAAGUCACCCCCGUGUACUGGGAUGGACUUCAAUCCGCCCUGAAACAUCCCCAGUCCGUUGGUGUAGCGGGUGGACGCCCGUCUGCAUCACAUUACUUCUUGGGAGUCCAAGAUUCCCACUUGUUCUUCCUGGAUCCCCACACAACACGACCCACUACGGCAUAUCACCCGGAGACACUCUAUACCCCAGAAGAAUUGGAUAGCUACUAUACGACCCGAUUGCGUCGCAUUCACAUCAAGGACAUGGAUCCCAGCAUGCUGAUAGGGUUUUUGAUCCGGGAUGAGGCUGAUUGGAUCGACUGGAAGACUCGAAUCCAGACAUCCCCGGGAAAACCCAUCGUGCACAUCUUCCCGGGCCAGCAGGCGACGCAUGGAGAACCUCGGGCGGGAGCACUGGAUGAAGUGGAGGCACUAGACGAUUCAGACGAAGAAUAA